CUAUAGCUGGCGUGCACUCCAAUUUUUUAAUUCGUUGGGUUGAGUCGCUACCAUUCUAUGACUGUAAAAUGCAGGCAAUAAAGUGGUCAGUCAGUCACUAUUUCGCUAACUGAACAGAAAAUGCAGGUGCUAACGGAGUCAUGCAGUCAUUUGGAGCUUGAAAUGGGUGUGUAGAUAGGCAUCAUAAGUAAACAGACAGAAAGAUAGAACGACAGGUGAUAUAUGGUAGGUAGACAAACCGAUUACACAGUAACAGCUAGGACAGAUCAAAGCAAAGCCUUCGGGAUGCAACAGUUGGUGAUACAUCAAUCGCUGCUGGUCUGAUAUUGGCCUAGAAGACAUCUAGCCAAGUACCUAACAUUCUAAUACUCACCAGCUAGCAAUUGCGCACAAAGAUCAGGGUUAAGAGAUGCUCUGACCUAGCUGCACUUGGUCUGGCCUGAGUAACCCAGCAAGAGCAUAAGUUUAGUCAACACGUUUUUGUGUCAUGUGCUGUGAUUUUAAUAACUUGCACUUGGGGUAAUGGAGAAUGACUGCUAAUUCCUACUCUGAUCUGAACAGGAUACUUGAUGUAAAUUUGCGGUGGACAGGUACUACAUGUGACGUAACCCCACACUACCUCUCUGACAAGCAGUGAGAAAGUUGGAAAUCAACAGAAUUUUUCCUCCAAACUGCAAGGGCAAAGAACAGGCACUCAGCUAGUUGCUUGUAUGCAAUGUGUACAGUUUGGUGUAAUCUCUAAGUGUAGUGUUUUUGGUUGCUCCGCAAUUUUCGAUCUGAGUUUUUAGGUUUUGAUUAAUUGUUCUAUGCUAUCUAUCAAGUUGCUAUAACUAUCUGUUAAAGUAAAAUUGAGUAGGCUUUACAAGGAAUUUCUAUCUGAUCAAAGAAGAGAUCAUGCACCUGUAUUUCAAUUCCUAGCUGGUCACAGGUUAACAGUUUAGGCGGAAAUACUGACCAUGCUGCAAUUCUACAAAAUUCUGUUCACAUGUGCCAAAUUCCAUUCACAUGGGAAUGAUGACCUUCUAGCCCCCUUAAGUAUCUGCUAGUGUAAAUUGGGAAGGGUAUAGUUCUGUGUAACCACAAAGGAGAUACAUACUUUUUGUUUCAAUUGACAGGUAACAGUGAGACUGUUACCAUAUUGAUAACCGCCUGCUAGUACGAUAACCAGCUGCUAGUAGAAAGUUUAAUAAUUACCAGACAAGUUGAUGUGUGACCCUAGAAGGCUUUAGGUUGGUAUUACUCCAAAUAAUGUGACUGCCUGAAAACAAAUGACUACCAUUAAGCAAUUAGUAGAGAAGCAUGCCACUAUUUGAUCCCAGAAACAAGAGUCUAAGGUGUGAGUUAAAUGGCUUAUAAUAGUCAGAGGGAGCUUAGGCCAACCCACCUUCAUUUUCCUAUAUAAUCUUCAAUAGCAAAGAAUCAAGUCAUUUGGAAGGUGUAAUAGGUAUAGAUUAUUAUAGAUGAGGGAUGUAGAGGCAUGCAUUGUUACGAGGAUGAGGGAUACAGAGAUGACGAGGAUGAGAGAUGUAGAGGCAGGUAUAGAAGGUGCUGUUGGCAGACCUCUGCGGUGACAUCCAAGAAGAAGGUAAUUCGAACUGUUGAUAAGCAACGUAAAUAUGGAACAUUGUACUUUUACACAGAAAAGGAGAAAGACAGCAAAGACAAAUUGCUGGGCCUUACUGGGCUGCACGGGCAAAUCAAGAACAGAGAUAUAUGUGUCACCACAGCCGCCCCCACCACUACCACCAUGGCCAGCUGCAAUGGCGUAACAGCCACCAAUGCCAGUUGCAAUACUGCCACAACCACCAGCUGCAAAUGCCUUGCCACUGCCAAUGCCAAUUGCAAUUGCAAGACUGCCACCAGCAGCAGCAGCAGCUACAAUCGCAAGAGUGCCACCACCACCAGCUGCAAUCACAAAGACCACCACCACCACCAGCUGCAGUUGCUAUACCACUACCUCAGCCAGCUGCAGUUGCAAUACCACCACCACCACAGCCAGCUGUAGUUGCAAUGCCACCACCACCACCACAGCCAGCUGCAGUCGCAAUACCACCACCACCACCACCACAGCCGGCUGCAAGAGCAGAACUGUCACCACAGCAUUGGAACAAACUUUGUGUUGUUGAGUUAAACUUUUGACUAAAUAAUUAAUGGGCUGCUAGUUAAUUAACCUGCUGUUGAUUAAAGUGUAGAAAAUUAAGAGGUUGGGUUGGUAGCUAAUUAACAUGAUGUUAUUAGUGUAGUAAAUAGAAUAAAUG